AAAUUCCCUCUUCUGUUUUCCAGUGUGACUGUGUACCUACAGCAUCUGCCUUGAGGUGAUGAGGAGGUUUUUGUUACUCUAUGCUACACAGCGAGGACAGGCGAAGGCCAUAGCAGAGGAAAUAUGUGAAAAGGCAGGUGCACAUGGAUUUUCUGCAGAUCUUCACUGUAUUAGUGAGUCAGAUAAGUAUGAUCUAAAAACCGAAACAGCGCCUCUCGUUGUUGUUGUUUCUACCACGGGGGACGGAGACCCACCCGACACAGCCCGAAAGUUUGUUAAAGAAAUACAGGACAGGACACUGCCGGCUGAUUUCUUUGCUCACCUGCGGUAUGGAUUACUAGGUCUGGGUGACUCAGAAUACACGUACUUCUGUAAUGGGGGGAAGAUGAUUGAUGCACGGCUCCAGGAGCUUGGUGCCCAGCGUUUCUGUGACACUGGCCAUGCGGAUGACUGCGUGGGUUUAGAACUUGUGGUUGAGCCAUGGAUUGAUGGACUCUGGGCUGCCCUCACGAAGCAUUUUAUGUCAAGUAGAGGAAAAGAAGAGAUGAAUGGAGCUCUCACAACGGCGUCUAAGGCCUUCUGGAGGACAGACCCUCUGAAACCAGAAUUGUUACAUAUCGAAUCACAAGUUGAACUUCUGAGAUUAGAUGAUUCAGGAAGAAAGAAUUCUGGGGUUUUGGAACACAAUGCAGUGAAUGGAGGUCACUCGACUGCUUUGAUUGCAGACUAUGAGCCCUCACUUACCCGUUCAGUGCCUCCACUUUCCCAGGCCUCCCUGAAUAUUCCUGCUUUACCACCGGAGUAUUUACAGGUGUGUCUGCGGGAGUCUCUUGGCCAGGAGGAAAGCCAGGCAUCUGUGACUUCAGUGGAUCAAGUUUUUCAAGUUCCAAUUUCAGAGGCAGUUCAACUGACUACGAAUGAUGCCAUAAAAACCACUCUUCUGGUCGAAUUGGACAUUUCAAAAACGGAGUUUUCCUAUCAGCCUGGUGAUGCCUUCAACGUGAUCUGUCCCAACAGUGAUUCUGAGGUACAAAACCUCCUGCAAAGACUGCAGCUCGCAGACCGAAGAGAACACUGUGUCCUCUUGAAAAUUAAGGCAGACACAAAGAAGAAAGGAGCAUCCUUGCCUCAGCAUAUACCUGAGAGAUGUUCUCUCCAGUUCAUUCUUACCUGGUGCCUAGAAAUACGAGCAAUUCCUAAAAAGGCAUUUCUGCGAGCCCUGGUGGACUGCACCAGCGAUGGUGCGGAAAGGCGAAGGCUGCGAGAGCUGUGCAGUCGACAAGGAGCGGCCGACUAUAACCGUUUUGUGCGAGAUGCCUGUGCCAGCCUGUUAGACCUCCUCCUGGCUUUCCCGUCCUGCCAGCCCCCGCUCGGUCUCCUGCUCGAACAUCUUCCUAAGCUUCAACCCAGACCAUAUUCAUGUGCAAGCUCAAGUCUGUUUCACCCAGGGAAGCUUCGUUUCAUUUUUAACAUUGUGGAGUUUCUGUCUAACACCACAAUGGUGGUUCUGCGGAAAGGCGUGUGCACGGGCUGGCUGGCCAUGUUGGUUGAAUCAUUUCUUCAGCCACACACGCAUGCGUCCCAUGCAAAUGGCGGGAAAGCCCUGGCUCCGGAGAUAUCCAUCUCUCCUCGAACAACAAAUUCUUUCCACUUACCGGAUGACCCCUCGGUCCCCAUCAUAAUGGUGGGUCCGGGGACUGGUGUGGCGCCCUUCAUUGGUUUCCUGCAGCAUAGGGAGAAACUCCAAGAACAACACCCAGAUGGAGACUUUGGAGCCAUGUGGUUGUUUUUUGGCUGCAGACAUAAAGAUAGAGAUUAUUUAUUCAGAGAAGAGCUCAGACGUUUCCAUAAGCUUGGAAUCCUAACUCACCUGAAGGUUUCUUUCUCAAGAGAUGCUCCUGUUGGGGACCAGGAAGCCCCAGCAAAGUACGUGCAAGACAGCAUCCAGCUUCACAGCAAGCAGGUGGCAAGGGUCCUUCUUCAGGAGAAUGGGUACAUUUAUGUGUGUGGAGAUGCUAAGAAUAUGGCGAAGGAUGUGAAUGAUACCCUUGUGGAAAUAAUAUGCAAAGAGGCUGGAGUUGAAAAACUAGAAGCGAUGAAAACAUUGGCUACUUUAAAAGAAGAAAAACGGUAUCUUCAGGAUAUUUGGUCAUAAAAUUAGAAAAUAAAGGAAGAGAAUUAAGCUUU